UCCGCACCAUGCGAUCACUCUUCAUUGUAAUUGCUGGAAUUAAUGUUGUCUAAAACAGUUUUUUUUGUAUAGAUAAUGGAGCCAAUUAAUUCAAUUGAGACUGCAGACAUUCAGCCACUGUCUCCCUCUGUUCCUGUUCCUCCCACCCUGAGAGAUGGAGAGUGUUACCAUGUCUUCAUUAGCUACAGCAGCACUGACUACCAGUGGACCCACUGCCUCAUCGACCAGCUGGAGGCCUGCGGCCUGCAGGUCUGCUACCAUGAUCGAGACUUCCUUCCCGGCCGCACCGUGUUGGAAAACAUGUCCGACUGCAUCCAGGAGAGCCAGAAGGUCCUGCUGGUUCUCAGCCCAGAGUUUGUGAGGAGCCGCUGGUGUCUCCUGGAGGCCAACAUGUCUUUGUUCAGAGACUGCCUGGAGAGGAAGCCCAUCGUCCCAGUGCUGCUGGAGCCAGGAGUCUCCGUUCCUCUCCACCUCUGCCACCUCACCUACCUGGAGGCCAGCGACCCCGACUUCAAGAAUAAGCUGCUCAAGGUGCUCUGCACCCCCAACCAGCAGCUUCAAGGGUCCACUGUGCUGCCCUUCCAUCCUCCCUCCAUCUACAACGGGAAGGCCCUGCAGCCGUUGGAUGCUGUGAAUGAAGACAGUCUCAGUAAAUGGGAUUGUGGUCAGUUCAGUGACAUGGAGGUACCAGACCAGCUGCGCCUGAUCAUCGAGGACCAAGAGAAGUACAGAAAGGCUGUGAGGAUGAUCAACAGUGUGUCGGAAAAUAAAGUUUGGUUCCGCCCCGUCUGGGUUAGAGUAUUAAUUUACAUUAUUGGCAUCAUACUUUUUUUGUUGCUGGCUAUACUUAAUAUAUUUUCAGUGAUUACAUUUGGAAAAGUCGUUUCAAAGGUACUCAGAGAGUCUGUUGUUGCAUAUGUGUUCUUAAAUGCUAGCUUUUUCUUGGUUCCAUUGGGAUUGUUUAUUCAUAUCUGUCUCUGGAAGAAUGAUGAUGAAAAGUACAUAGUGAGGGAAAUGAAAAAAGCUAUUGGCCAGACAAACAUCAUCCUCUCUGAGGAGAAAGUGCUAAUGGGCCGUCGGUCCAACUCAAGAAUCUCUCUGGUGUAUGUUUCUCUGGACCGCUGCAAACAUGAGUUUUCAGAAACGUGUUCUGAUCAGGUUUGUGCUGAAGAUUUGUAUCAAAAAGCUCUGCUGUACUUCUCAUCAGGUUACGCCUGCUGCCUUGCUAAAAGACACUUCCCCUUUCCUCAGCCCAGCUCCACCGGUCACCUGGAGGGAGGGGUGUGUUUCUGUCAGUAUGUGUCCCAGCAGCUGAGUGUGGACCAAUGGGAGUAGCAGUGUCCACAGAUCCCAACAUGUUAUAGAGAUUACAAAGCAUAAAAUUCCCUUUUUGUUGCAAAAUGUGUUAUCAUUUAGUUCCCUUUAAUAUUAAAUGCAGAACAACGCUAUAUAUGUAGGUGACACAAGUGUAUAUUGAU